AUGCAACCAAAAUCCGAGUACAACGUGAUAGUGUCGCUCAACAAUUACGCGGGUCAGUCAAACAUCACGUGCGAACUGACUAACGAACUGAAAGGCUUUAAAGUGUCAAAACGUUCGUACUUUGAUUCCAACAAUCAGUUCCAGAAGAUAACACUUCAAGCCGGAGCCGAUUGGCCGGAAGGUGAUUAUGAUCUGUCCAUUAUCUCCACCGAUGGGUUGGUCAACAAGAAGCAAGUCAUACAAUACAACUAUAAAGUAUUUGUGAUUAUGGUGCAGACAGAUAAGGCAAUUUAUAAGCCAGGCCAGGAUGUCCAGUUGCGUGCGGUGAUCCUGGACAAUCUGUUGAGGGCGGUUCCUCCCGAUUUAAUUGAGGACUUGAAAAUUUUUAUAUUGGAUCCACAAAAUGUUCCAUUGUUGGAAAUGAGACGAGAUCUAGGCUUUAAAACCAAAGACCAACAAUUAUACAAUGUGAACAUGUUCAAUUACACCAAUGGCGUGACCGAUGACAUUACCUUUAAAUUGCACGAUGCCAGCAAACCGGGUCAAUGGACAAUCCAAGUUGCCACACACAGUCAAUUGGAGAACUAUACGUUCUACGUGGACUACUACACACUGCCAAUGGCCAACGUAACCAUAAAUUUGCCAGAUUAUGUAAAAUUUGACCAUGCCACACUAGACUAUAGUGUCGACGUGUUUUAUACGUUUGGCAAACCUGUUGACGGUUAUGUGGAGAUUAAGAUAGAAGACUAUAAGGCGUGCGAAAAGUUGGUCAAAAUUGAUCCAGAUCAUUCAUGGAUCAAAAAUUUGACAUUAGAGCAUGGUCAAAUUAAGGGCACAUUAAAUUUACAAGAUACCAAGUUAUUGUUUGCGAACAAUUGUUCACAAAUUACGUUGAACAUUUCGGCCAAAGCAUACGAUAAGAAUACCGAUACCGUGUACUUUAAUUACGAAGUUCUUGACGUAAUUGAAUCGGAAAUUAAAGGCGAGUUUCUCAACAAACAGCUAGUGUAUAGGCCGGGAAAAUCAAUUAUUAAUGAGGUAACGUUUCAAGUGAAUAUUCCUGUGGUUGACGCAGGAAAAAAAGCCCAACUUGUGGUAACUGCCGAACCCGAGUCGAAUCUAUUUUUACUAGCUAUCGACGAGGCCAUACUAGCGCUGAAACAGGGAAACGAUUUGUCCGAAAUUCGGGUGCUCAACAAUUUGAAAACCAAUGUCCAGUAUAAGUACGAUACGGACAGCUUCCUGUCCACGGGUAUGGUGUUUAUGACGAAUGGCCAGAAAGAGUGUAAGAACUCAAAAUUAAUGUCGAGUUUUGAUGGCAAAGAAGCUAAUAAAAUAGACGGCUACGACCCCGACGACGGCGGCGACGGUGAUAGCCAUAAUCCGAAGACAAAUAAUGCCAUUAGGAAGAAUUUCCGCGAGACAUGGAUCUGGGAUAGGAUAGAUAUCCCUCAUGGAAAACAUAGGAUCGGUAUACGAUCUACCGUACCCGACAGUAUCACCUCAUGGAAAGUGACAGCUUUCGCACUGCACCCGGAAAAAGGACUCGGAUUGACUACUAACCCUGCUUAUGUUACCGUAUUUCGGCCAUUUUUUCUCAAACUGAACUUGCCGUACUCGGUGAAGCGCAACGAGACUAGCGAGUUCCAUGUACUGUUGUUUAACUAUAAAAAUGAGACCCUGGAUAUCACGCUGGACGUCUAUCAAAAUAGCACCGACAAGCAUAAAACAAUGAUCAAGAUUGAUAUUUACAAGCACGUGGUGGUGGAUCUGCUGAUGUUUGAAAAUGAUGUGAACAAACUUACGACAUCGGUUAAAUCGGUUCUACCAAAGGAUCGGGUGGUGGGCUCGGAGUUAUUGUUGAUGACCGCCACUACUGAGCUGAUGACCGUUCAGUGGACCGAUAAGUUACAGGGGCUCGAGCAAAAUUACAGCAUGAAGUUUGAUUUUAGUAAACCUACUGGUUGUUGUCAGCAGCGUAUCGAUUUUGGCUUUCCUAAAGUUUAUUGGCUAGACUACGCCAUUGCCACAAACAGGUCGGAUCAGGACAUGAAAAAUCAGGCGGUCAGCGAUAUAACGUAUACUUAUAGCUUACUUUGUUGGCACGUGGUCUAUGACGGCUCGUUUGUUUAUUAUGAACAAUAUAACCCAAACGGUGGGCAGGAUAACGUGGUACUUGACAAGCGUGCUGCGUUCUUAUGGCAGACUGCAUUCACCCUACAAUUUAUGACACAUGUGGCCAAAUACAUACUUGUGGAUCCGAAAUCGUAUAAAGACGUAAAAAAUUGGCUAAAAUCGGUGCAGUCGGCCAGUGGUGAGUACAUCGAGACAUACCGGGACCACGACAUUAUGUCCACCAAAUCCAAUGCCUAUCUCACGGCGUUUGUGCACAAAAUAAUGCUCGAAGCGAACGAAAUAAACCCAACUACCGAUAAAUGGUUGACCGAAGUUUUCGAUCGAUUGACCGAUCCUUUGGACAUGUUAUCUACGUGUUUAGUCUUAAACAUGAUCAAAGCGAAAAAUUUGGACCAUUGUAACGAAAAAGUAGACAAGUUAAUGUCACGUGACAGCACAGGUGCGUAUUGGAAUAAUGACCAAGGUAAACCGAGUCUAUAUGUAACAGCAUUUGGACUCAUGUUGUUGAGUGAACGCAAAAAUAAGGCAACGGCACUAGAGGUGUUUAAAUAUAUCAUUACCAAACAAAAGCACGAUGGUAAUUUUCACGAUUGUGUUGGAUGGUGUGUGGAACAAGAUUCACUUGUUACGGUAACCUGUAUGGAGGCGCUUACUAAGUUUCAUAUAAUGCUCAAACAGUACGAUCGGGUUAAGGAAAACGUUUUCGUCACCUUUGAAAUCGCCGGCAGCGAUAAACAGACUAUUCAUUUGUUGCCCAAUAGCCAAGUGGUACAGGUUGUAGAGGGCAAUGCUACGGCCCCGGAGGUAGGCAUUGUUGCCGAGGGUUUUGGCAACGCUAAGGCAACACUAAUGUAUCAGUAUAAUACCAAUACGUUAAUUGAGGGCGGUUUCAAUAUCACCAUUUCCCACACCAAACACAAUGAUAAAUAUGUUAUGUUGCACAUUUGUACCAAUCACAAAGAUCAAGAUAAAACUACGACCAAUAAUAUCAUUGAAAUUGAUUUGCCCAGCGGUUACCACUAUCACAGCGAAAACUUUGUUUGGAAUAAAGAUAUUGUGGACAAAAUCGAGGGCAAAGAAGGCGACACUCAGAUAAAUGUCUACAUAAAACAGUUAACUGGCAAACAGUUGUGUAUUGAUGUGCCCACCAUUGAAAGCUACAAUGUUGUCGACCGUUAUGCCGUACCCGUGAAAGUGUAUCCUUAUUACGAUAGAAGUAAUAUGAGUGUAUUACCCUAUGAUGUGGAUAAAUAAAUAUAUAUUAAUACUAAUUGUAAUAAUAUUUAUUAUAAAAUUUUGAUAUAAUUAGUUAAUAUUGUUAUUAUUACAAUAUAUUAUAUAAUAUUUUGAUUGAAAUGGAC